AUGUUGCUGUCCAGGAACCUCAGAGCCCUAGCUGCGAUCCACCUGUGGAUAGUGUACCUGCUCCUGGAGGACUUACUGGGCUCCUGCGCAGAGGGUGACAACCAAAGACUGGUGGCUUCUGCCCCCUACAAAGAUAUCGAGAUCACUCUGGAGAAGCCUAGAGUACAGGAGGUAGCAGAACCCCACACUCUGUGCUAUAACGUCAUGGCCUUGUCUCUGGAGGUGCCUGUGUUGCCCCAGUUCCUGACCCUGAGAUACUUUGAUGAUGAGCCCUUCCUGCCCUAUAAGAAAAGCAGCAGAACAGACUCCCAGGAACCCAGGAUCAAAGACCAUUUGAGAGCUGAGACCUGGGCAAGAGAGACUGAGGAUCUUCAGGAAGUUGAGGAGCAACUCAAAGGGAUGCUAGCUGAGGUCACAGCCCAGAACAGCCAGGAUAUGGAUCUUCACAUCCUCCAGGCAACCUUCGGCUGUGAGCUUCAAAGAAAUGGAAGCACCAGAGGCAUCUGGAAACUGGGCUAUGACGGGCAGAACCUCCUCACCUUUGACCAGAAGACUCUCAUGUGGACAGUGUAUAUGCCCUCCACCAAGCAGAACUUGACAUUCUGGAAGACAAGUGCACCCAAAGCUGAUCUAGUUAAGACAUUCUUGGAUGACAUAUGUCCUGCAUGGCUCCAGAGAUACCUCGCUUCCUUGAGAAAUGGUCUGCUGGAUACAGGUUCCCCAGAGGUGAUUGUAACCUUCAGGAACUAUCCAGUGGGCAGGAUCACACUGACAUGCCGGGCUUUUGGUCUGUAUACACGUGUGGCCACCCUGACCUGGCUCCAGCAUAGGAAGCCAGUACAGCAGAAAACCUUUGGAUCUGAAACUGUCCUACCCAGUGGGGAUGGCACCUACCAGGCCUGGGUGUCCAUUCGGGUACUUCCUGGACAGGAACCACAGUUCAGCUGCAACUUGAAGCACGGCAACCACAACAUCAAUAAACCUGCUGCCACUGAGGCCCCCGUCUAUGGUGAGAGAAGAGAACAACUUCCCACCUCAGGUGUGGGAAGCAGGGUCAGGAAAAGCCUGUGGAGUGCAAUGACUACAGCUGUCAUGGUGAUCUCCUGGACAUCAAGCCAGAAAACUGAUGGGGCCUCUGCUCUGGUUCUGCUCUGCUGGCUUCUGCUCUUUUCUACAGAGCAGCAAGAACAUGCAGGAGGACUGCAAGAGACCAGGUGA